AUGGCCGCCGAUCCCGAUGCCCGCCGCCGAUCCGCCCGACGGACACUGAGGAACGGCACACAGGAUCGCCUGGAGCGCCUGGCGGCCUUCAUGAACACCGCACAGGCGAGAGGUCUCGUGCGCUGCGCUGCGGUCGACCGUGGAGCGAGACAACGGAGAGAGGUCAGACGGGGAAAAGGAGCUAAGGCCUUGGCGUCCGGCGGCUAUGUCCUGGGCAGCGAGCCGUCACAGGCCCUGACGCUGGCGCCGAUGCCCGGGGGCUUAGCGACUCGCGGUGGCACGGGAGCCAGUAGUGCGGUGCCCAAAGUGGUCUAUGAUCAGGAUGGCCUCACUGUCCUCGAUGCUGCUGUCAAGGUCUCCAAAGAGGGCCGCAAGGCCGUGGCCGUGAACGCCGCCUCGGCCUACUCCGUCGGGGGUGGCGUGCCUCGGCGCUGUGAGUCGGGCACCGACGCGGACGAAGACGACGUGACAUCGGAUUUGGGUGGAAGGCGGCGCGUGGUGGAACCCGUGGAACGCGUGGAACCGGUGGAACUCACUUCGAUCGCAUUUCACGCGCAUGUGCCUGUGGACGGCUGUAUCUUGAGCCCCUUCGUGGAGGUGUCGGGUGGGACUGGUGCCGGAGACCGGAAAGAGGUCUUCCGAGAAGGUAGCAAUGACGGCUACGGCUUCUUAGCGCACCCCGGCAGAUCGGGAGCAGGUCUGGGACGUGGCAGGUCGCCUGUGAAGCUGCAAGGGGUGUGUGUCGCCAUGUUCAACAUGAACCCACGGGUCAGCGAUAGUCCGCUGGAUGCUCCCAGAGAUUUCAAGACGUACUGCCACCAGGCAGCUGAACUGGGGCGCCGCUGGACUGGCGGAGAGAUGGAAAGAGGUGUGAAGCUGAAGUUCCGUUCCGUGGCCACUGCCGCACUGGAGAUGGGCGCAGAGGUGCUGGUGUGCCCCGAUGUGGGCUGCGGUGUCUUCGGGAAUGACCCACAGGUUUUGGGAACGAUGCUGGGCCAAGUCCUCCGUGAACCCAAGCUGGCCAAGCUCGAGGUGCUCCUCACAGGUCAGGUGGCCUUUGCAGAAGCGGUGAAGCUGGCCGCCACCGGUGCCCAGGUGGACCUGGCCCCAGCGCCGGCGGCAUACUUUGCACAGGUCUAUGGCAAACAGCCGAAGAGCCCAGAGAGGUCUCCGGCCAAAGCUCGAGGUGGCUACCGAGCGCCCCACACUCAGAGCGAUGCCCGCACCUCCGCACGUGGGCGCAUGGGGUGGUACCUGGAGCUGAGGCCUCAGGAGCCCAUGAUCGUGGCCACGGCCCGGUCCUUGGUGGUGAAACCAGUGGAUGCCACCCGAGGCGACAGCGGGGUCAAGGGGGCGCUUCGGGUGCGCCUGCCGGAGCCACCCACGCCGCUGUGGGGGGCGACGGUGGGUGGAGAGUGGGAGCUCGAUUUUGGUACCAAGACAGAUGUCGCGCCUGCUGGCCCCUCCGGACGUGCCUCACCGGGUGUGGCAGUGCCCACGGCUGCACCCGAGCUGCUGCCUGUCACGGCCAAAGGGCGUUCCUGUGCCUUGACGCUGAAAGCGGCCUUGGAAGAUACCCAGCUUCGACCAGAGGUGGUGCACCUCGUCGGUUGCGGCGAUGCCGAGAGGUCCAUGGACUGGCAGGUGCUGAGCGAUGCGUUGCCGUCCAAAGCACGGGUGGUCUUAGUCGGCCCGCAUGGCUUGGGCGCUGCUGCAGCGCCCAAGGAGGAGCUGCUGGGCCCUUACUCCUGCUGCGACCUGGAAGUGUGUGUCUUUCCGCACACCUACCAGCGUUUCAUGAUCCAGGAGUUUGAGCCACCUCAACUGGUGGUGCUUUUUCAUCCAGGUCUGGAUGUCCAUUACUUCACCUGGUACCCGUGCAUCAGGCAGUGGACGGAGCAGAAGAUCCCCCUGCUGAUCACAGCCUACCGAGUUCCGGGAGGCCUGGGAGAGACACCACAAACAGUCCGGACUUUCCUGGAAUGCCUGGUGGGGACUGGAGGUGGACAAGGCCUAUGGGUGCUUGAGGAGGAGAACCCUCAUGUCGCUGAAAACGGCUCUUUCAAUGCAGGAUACUUUGUCAGCCUGGGAUCUCAAGGGGCACUUCCUAUUCAGGCAGAGGAGAUGUAUUGGCCGCUCUUCCAAGCUUUGGGGAAGAUCGGGCACCCCUUUGCUCCUCGUGUAGGCUACCUUGAUCUGGAUGACGGCAAGGUGUCUCCGGAGAAUUGGAAUCUGUUGUCCUCAAUUGCGGAGGGCGCGAUGCGAGGGGCCAUGGCGGGAGCCGACGGGACGGAUGAGGAGACAGCCAAGGCCUUCGCAGUGAAAGUACUGGACCAGGUCUUGGGUGCAGGCUCCGCGUGGGCAUCCUCAGGCUUUACCCGCGCCAGCUGUCCCAGUUGUGGCGAAGGCUACGAUUCCGAGGCUUGGCAUUUGGCGGUCUGCCCUGCUGCUGGCCGACAGAUGCUCCGACCGGGUGAUGAGGUCCGUGUGUUUGGCCUUGAGAAGCUGCCGCAGCUCAAUGGAAAGGUGGGACAGCUCCAGCGCUUCGUGAAUGCCAAGCAGCGCUGGGUGUUGCGGGUGGAGGAGAAAGACAUGCUUUUCAAGGCUAGCAACCUUGAGAAAGUCAAAGACUGA